UAGAUUGGAUAAAAGUGUUGACUGGGUACCACUGUCGUAAAAAAAGUUACUCCCAAAUUCUUGGGAUAUCUUUUGUUACUGAAACCUCGACAAUUCCAAAAAUAUUUUUGAUUACAACGGACCAUAACUGUUAGUGAGUCAACAAAGCGUCUGAUGUCAGGCAUGUAACUCAACGAUCUCAGGACAAAUCACAAAUCUUCCAACGUUGCUUCUCUCCGUGUCUUGGUCAUUCUCCACGUCACCAUGGGUCUUACCUCCUCUUUCAAGGAAUCUCCUCUCAUCCAGAUGUUUUUUUCUGUGACAUUCAUCGUCAGUGGUAUCAUAGUCAUUCUGAUGCAGCUGCUAGCGUUGGUGCUUAUCCGUCCGUUCAGUAAGCGUCUGUAUCAGAUAACAGUCUGUAAUCUGGUCUACCUCCACUGGGGUCAGUUGAUUUGGUUGUGUGACCGAUGGUCAGGAUCAGAGGUCCGGGUGUUUGCUGACGAUGAAUUCGUGAAUAUCUGCGGCAAGGAACAUUGCAUCAUUCUAUGCAAUCACAGGGAGGAUGUGGAUUGGCUGGCUGUCUGGGUUCUGGCUGACAGGUUCGGCAUCUUGAAACAAGCGAAAUGCUUGAUGAAGAAUGAGUUGCAGUACGUCCCGUUAGUCGGUUGGUCCUUCGCCAUGCUGGAGAUGAUCUUUGUCAAGAGAGACUUUGCAAAAGACAAGAAGACGAUGAUUGACGGCUUUCGCAGUUACCUGACCUAUCCACUCAAGUGCAUGAUUUUGUUAUACUGUGAAGGAACCCGUUACACUCAGGAGAAAUACGCCAAGGGUUUGGCCUUCGCUAAGGAGAAAGGACUGAAAGAACUCAAGCAUCAUCUCAUGCCUAGAACAAAGGGAUUCGUGGUUGCCAUGGAAGCAUUCGACGGACAAAUACCUGCAAUAUACGACACAACUUUCGGAGUUAGCCAGUCCGACUCAGAACCAACAUUGCUUAACCUGCUCAGAGGAAAGAAAUUUAUCUUCAAUUUCCACGCAGUGCGGAUACCCAUUGCCGAUGUGCCAAAGACUGAAGACGGCCAAGUGAAGUUUAUUCAUGAAAUCUAUGAGAAAAAGGAUGUUUUGUACGGACAUUUUCUGGAAAACGACACCUUCACUGGUUUCGACCACCGUACCAUGCGUGUCAUGCCUAGGCGUUGGGCACCAGUGAUUAUUGAGACAUUCUGGUUGUCUGUUCUGGGUUUGCCCACCUUGUAUCAGCUGUUUCUGGUCUUGACGACAGGAUCAGCAGUUGCUACGGCAACAGCCCUCGGCAUUAUUGUGGCUUUGUACUUCUUAAUCAAGAAAAUGAUAGGAGAAACUGUGACAGCAAAGGGAUCGGAGUACGGUGGCAACAAACACAGAAACAAUGUCAGAAACGGAAACAGUAAUACUGCCGCAGAUGUGAAGAAUGACUGAUUGAUGAGAUCUAAUAGCUGAGAAAUCUAAACCAGGUAACCAUAGCGUUCCAUCUUGUACAGCUGUAGUAUAUUUCUGGGGAGCAAUGUAGAUAACAAUUUCCAUGUUUCUGUGAUGACCACAAUGUGCAGAUCUGUGACUAGCACAUCAAUUACAUUUGACUACAAAAACAUUGAAGAUGACAUUGAGCAAUGCAAAGUCCACACUUUAUAGAAAAGACUUGGUUGACUUUCUUAUAUUUGUCACUAAGUUGUUUUUUAUUGUUCAAUCUUCUUAAAGUCAUUCCAAUGUAUAACUGUCCUUUCGUUUGAUUUUUAUUAUAGUUAAUUUAUACCAAUUGACUUAAUGGGGAAAAUGACAAAAAGAUACCACAAGAGGGGGCUGUGCUGAAUGGGGCUCUAGGUUUCCUCCGUAUGAAAGAACAGCCAAUCUACCACUUGGUGGAGCCUCAACUUGAAAUGGCUACUGAUUAUUACGAUGCUGAUGAGUACAUUCCAAAGAGAACAUAAGUUUUAUGCAUUUUGCGAGUCAUCUUGCAUUUAACAGUAUGAAGUCAAAAAUUCCUUCGUGGAGGGUCCAACUGUGUUCCCAGGUCCAAAUCAAGCAAAUUUAUAUCUGUAACAAAAUGGGGUGUUAGCACUAGUGAAGUAAUAAAUGAAAGUAUAAAUUUUAGUACUGCUCACCAGUUAUUUUUUUGCCAAGUUUUCGGACAUCUUGUUCUACACCCUGAAGAAAGACAAGAUGUCCGAAAAUUGGGCAAAGCAAUAACUGGUGAGCACUACUUAAAUUGAUAUUGAUAUCUCAGCCUUUAUGUGUUUGCUGUCCCUUAGUUGUUUGUAUGUAGAGUUGUUUUACGAUAGUUUUGAGGUUUUGUUUUUCAUUAUUUUCAAUGCUCAGGCUUUUUCUUGUUGAGUUUUUUAGCUUUAGUAACAAUUUCUCAUUUUUUAUGUGCCUUAUAUUGCUGACAUUGCAGAACAAUGCAGAUGUAGAAUGAUUAUAAAUUCUACACUUAAGAGUCAAUUUGUUUUGCAAAUGUGCUAGGAUAAAGAGCGUGAAAUUAUAUGAGCUUAUCGGGCCUUCUUCUUUUUAGGAUUUCCCCAUUGCAGAAAUGUUCUACCUAUAAAUGUAACAAUAAAAAUGCUUCAUAUUGAAGGUCAUGAUGUUAAUUUAUGUCACUCAUGAUGAUCAAAUUGCAGCUGAUGUAUACAUGUAAUUUUGAAUAAUUUUACCAAAUGUUAUCGCCAUAUGAUGCUUAUAAAUCAUUAACUUAUAUAUUCUGUGAGGUAUAUUUAACAAAAUGUACAAGUAUAUGCCAUUGUACCUAUGUGAAUAUUAUGCAAAUCAGUUCUAUUAACAUUAUGAGUAUUCAUAUGCUGCUAAUUUGCAUAACUAAAUUUAUAAUUAUUAAUUUUGGGGACCAUCAGGCCAAGGGAUAUAUGUAUCUGAGUAUGCAUAUAUUCAUGUAUUGUUGAACAUACAUGAAGAAUUUAAAGCUACUUUUUCCUCGCAAAUUGAAAGGUUUUUAAUAGAUCCUAUGCAUUACAUAACAUGUAGAUUUACGAUGCUAACAAUGAGUGUACUGAUGCCGAUCGCAGACACUUGAUGAAAGUCACUGAUUGUCUGUGAUGCUGUUUGUGGUAUGGUAGUGUCAGUACCUGCGCCUAGAGUAGCUCCUCCUUGUUAUGUACUUGAUGCAAAGCUUAAGACAAGCAUCACAGACGCUUAAGAAAUGUAGUCUUUCAAUAAGACAGUAUCAGAGCUUUUUUUUCAUUUGUACGUGAAGAACGUACUCCUUUUCUCAAGAAUUUGUAAUUUUUUUUUUUAUAAUUUGUAGAUUUGUUACUGAUUAAGACCUGGCCCAUCAAUAAUGAAAUAAAUGUUGAUAUCAAAAUGUUGCACUUAGAGAGAGAA